AUGAGUCUCAAUGAACAGUCGUUUGCACGGGCUCCAGCUGCGAAUGUCGAGGCUCGAUCAGGUAGGGCACCGCAGAUUGGGAUCUACAGGUCGGCAAGUAGCGGACCCAGCUCAACCACCAGCUCGAGUCCUGAACCUGGUCAUCAUGCUCAUGUUCAUGGCCAUGCUAGAGAAUCGGAAUAUGAACUUCGACGAGUCAGUCAUGAAAACGGGUUUCUAUCGUCUUCGUCGUCUUCGUCUGGUUCAGUUCCUGCAGUCGCUUCGGCUCCAAGACUGUCAGCUGCUUCAUCAACUUCUGGUAUCAUUAGAUUAGCAGGUAUCGAUCGAAGUGCUAGUUACUCGAAAACUCCUACCAGAAGAACUCCUCAGCCAGGUGCAACAGACCCGGCUGUCGAGUCUGACACACCCACGAAAAAGAAAGGUCGACGCGGUGGUCUAACUGGUCGUGAACGCGAACGUGACCGUGAACGAGAACGAGACAGAGAUCGCGAUCGUGACAGAGAAAGAGAAAGAGAACGAGAACGAGAUCGCGAAAGAGAACGCGAAAAAGAUAAAAGCAGUCCUCAGAGUCUGAAAGAUAUCGAGACGAGACUGACUCGGCAACUGACAGCCUUCUGUGACAAGGUCAGUCAGCAAAUCAAAGAACAGAACAUCUCGAUUGAACACCUGUCGCGACGAGUGUCUUUGCUAGAAGACAGCCAGCAGAAGAAAGGGCUUGAUCGAGAGUUCAAAGAGAUACUCACUGAACAGGAAAAGCUGUUUGAGAUCUACUCCAAGAACAUUCUCCGGUCGGUGUCGCAGCAAAUCAACAAAACGAGGAGCCCUGAAAACAGCUCUACUCGAAAUAAUAAUAGCAGCAGCAACUCCAGUCACAGUAGUAGUGGAACUAAUAACAGUAGCAACAGCAGCAACAGCAGCAACAGCAACAACAACAGUAAUAACAGCAAUAAUACUAAUAUCCAAGGGGGUAGUAGCCGCAGUAUCAGGGCCAGUGGUAACAGCAAUGAAUCCACCAGAACUGGUGCUGGUGAGGUUUCAUUUGACGAGGAGCACGAUACACUUGGCGAUAUAGAAGUGGAUGGAAACGAGUAUUCCAGUGAUGACAAGAGCAAACACAGACACAAAUCGGGCUCAGCAUCUCCUGUGGCCGACUCAGGAGCCUCUUUUGACGCUCCACCACCCGGAACACCAUACGUGCUUGUGCGACGAAGCGACGACCAGAAGAUCCGAAACCGCGGUAUUCUCCAGGCACGAAUCAACCGAAAGCUGAAAAAGACCGGUGUGGUUGCCAUUGAACGCAAAAUCGAUAACCGCAAAGAAGUCCGAGUCUACCUCGUCGACCCUGUCGACACCUUCGACGACAGCUUCUCGCAAUGGCUGUACAUCAUUCCCAACCACGUUGACGUCAUCACAGCCUCGACCUGGAUCGAAGAACACGUACACCUCCCCACCGACCUCGCCAUGCCCGAAAUCCGCCAAACCAUCGAAUCCGCUCUCAACAUCCGACUCGCGACCGACCCUCGACCCUCCGACAACUCCUCUGAAUCGCAAAAAGGCAGCACUUUCCUCGCUUUCCGGUCCACAACGGACCGCGACCUCGCUCUUGCCAACCUCCCCACCCUCUUCAACACCACCCCAUCUGUAUAA